AUUUUCGUCGCGCGUUGACUCGACAGAUAGCAACGUACAGCGUUUCGGAUCAGUCGGUGUCGGUGCGUGGCUCGUCGGUACAUCGCGACUACAACCUCCGAAACGCCUCACAUUCUUGCAUCAUCUCCAGCGGAACACACGAGCCACCAAACCCCGAAACAUUAUUAUCACACACACACACUGCACAUCUGCGUGCGGAAUUAUUGAUACUCCCAAGUGUUAAUCAGACGUUUGUAACCUUGCAUCAUGAGUACAUCCGUACAAUCGCGACACCUGACUUGUUACAGAAUUAAUUCCUGCUUAAAACGCUCCUAGAAGUUGAUUAAUGCAAAGUUUAAAAUAACAAAUAGUACUAUUACAUAGAUACAUAGCAACCUGCGCCAAAUAAAAUGGUUAGUGAUUACUUUUAUUAUGUGCUAUGGUUAUUGGCGCACACGGUGGUCGCGCUAAUUACACAAACUCGUGAUGUUUACCUCCUGGUAUACAACAGACUGCUACGCGGCGACAAACUGCCGCAGCUGAGGAAGCUACCACAGCAUUUAACAGUGCUGCUGCCUUCUAGUCCACCAACAUCACCAGCAUCCACCAACUCCAAGCAUCUUGACAUUCUAGUUAACUUGGUUUUGUGGUCGCUUGCCACAAAUAUACAAUAUGUGUCUUUUUAUGACCCACUGGGUCUUUUAGUUAAGUGGGAAGAUGAAUUAAUGAAGAGAAUUCAAUCGAGAAUGAAUAAAAGUCAGAGGUUAAUCUGGCAUGGAGCAAAUACAACCGGAAAGAACGGAUUCGCCGGGCCGAAAGUGCAUGUAAAGAUUUUAUCGGCUGGUCGUGCUGCCCUGGUCGAUGCAUGUCGACAAUUAUCACACACCGAGCAGGUUUUAACAGUGCCCAUCAUCAGUAAACACCUGCUGACCAACUAUGAGUUCCCCGAUCCGCAACUGGCGAUUUAUUUCGGGGAGUAUUUGAAUCUGUGCGGAUAUCCGCCGUGGCAGAUUCGUCUCACUGAGUUUAUACACGCCGGGCGCCAUUUGCACGCGUUCGAUGAGCGUGAAUUCUUUUCGGUGCUGCAGUUUUAUAGUAAAUGUCAGCAGCGCGUAGGCAAAUGAACUUUUGUGUUACAAUUCCGUAGGAUAAGUUGAAUUGUUUCAAUAGCUGAGCGUGUGUUGGCUCAGUUAUGCCAUUAACGUAAUUUGUACAUUCGUUUUUUAUCAAAACACGUUUAGUUGUGUACAGUCAUUUGUAACAUUAUUUGAUUUCAACUUAAACAAAGUGAACGCAUCACUGGGAGAUGUAAUAAGUAAUAAAAAGUGGAAAAUAAUAAUAAAAUGAGAACGCACGCAUUUCGGGUGGGCACAAUGUAAA